AAGCAUGGAAUCAUCAAAGGAUAUAAAAUUUAUUACUGAUGAGACACUUGAUUUUGAACUAUUUUCUGCUUUGGAUGGCAGUGAUUGCUGUUAUGGACAAGAAGAGGAAGAGUCUAUAACUUGUCCCCUUGAACUCAAUGACAAGAAUGUGGCACAAGAAGUUGAUCUAAACAUCUUGUUGGAGGAGAAUGAUGGAAGGACCAAAGAGCCAAUUCCACAGUGGAGUCCCCUGGCUCCAAUGAGGCUGGAGGAGGUCAUGAAAGAAGCUAACCUGCUGGCUAUGCAGCUUGAGAAAUGUCAGCUGCUGGAAAAGCAGAAUAUCAGCUCUGAAACAAAGCUUGAGACAGUUGUAGAACAUGAGCUUUUCGCCCCAAUCAGGUUCUUGUGUGCAGAGACUAAGAAUCCCCAGAAGUCCCGGAGAAAGACUUUCAAUGUGACAAACAGUGCUCUGAAAGCUCUGCUCCCAAUAGUGGAACCAGUUACCUGCUUGGCUCAAGGUUCCCCCAAAUCUCUGUUUUCCGAAGGUAGAAGUCCGUCUUCCCGCCUGACGGACAUGCUUAGUCCCAGAAGAUUCCAAAAUACACCUUACGUUUGCAGCACUGAUGUUCCCCAAGCUAAGCUCUCUGAACCCAAGGCCUUGAUGACAAUGACAUCUGGCAAUAAAAAGGCAACUAUCAGGAACAACAGGACAGACCGCCCACUUGUCCUCCCCACUACCACAAAAGGCCAGCAGCCAUUGCUGCAUUUGAAACCUCUCCCUCAAACCAGCACAAGGAAAACACAGAGGAAGACAGAAGCUUCUGCUAAAAACAGUUCUGAUCAAGGCCCACAGGUUUCCUCUAACCAAGGGACGGUGCUUGCUGCACAAGUGAAAAGAAAGCCAAAUCCUCAGAUGCGUUUGCGGCAGACCAGCCCUGUGAAAAAAAUCGCAGCUGCUCCAGAAAAGAGGACACCUCCCCAGAAGACAAAUGCAAGUAAGUUAGGAUACAUUACUUCAUGGACUGAUGGCUCAGCAGGCCACACCCGUGGUGCUCAACACCUGAUGGGCUGCCUCUGGGAGCAUUCUGACAAGGGGCCAAGUUCCUGGAAUGGUGAGCUGAGCUUGGAGAAGUGGCUGUCAAACAAAGCAGUUUCGAAAGUAACUUGUGAUCCAAGGAGGAACGUUUCCAUUGAUGCCAGUGAAUACGCUGGUCCUGUGUCCCCGAUCCCACUUCAAUCUGAAGCACCAAGGCUGGAGUAA